CUGAAGCUUCAAGUGCUCAAAGGAUUGUGUCCUUUUCGGAUCCUUUUCGCUGAAUCUUUGCCGAUGUUCUUUUGAAGACUCCCUUUAACCUAGAAUUUGGCUGGCCAGCUGAAAGGCUGAAAGAAUGGCCGAGCCAGAGGCCAAAGCAAGCUCCCCGCCUCCCAAUGGAGAAGAGGAGAAGAUGGAGAAGGGCGUCGUCUUGCACGUGCAGUGCAAAGACUUCAUCAAGAUGCCAGAUGGGAAGUUGGAGCAGUGGCUGACGGAGGUGAGUCCAGUGAAACUGCAGAAGGUCUUCAAGUUGCCCACCUGGAGUUAUGCCUUCGUGACCGUGCUGCCAGAGCACAAGGAACAGUUCAGAGAGGCCAUCAAUGGUCUACAGUGCCGGAACUUCAGCAUCACGGUGAAGGAUGGCACACCGAGGAAGGCACCCCAGGAAGGCGGCUUGGAACCCAGUGCCAAGCGUCAGAAGAUCAAAGACUUUCCACCAGGGCAUGUGCCAACGCUGAAAGAUGUGAAAGAUAAGUUGAAGAACAAGAAAUUUGGAGACAUCUUGCACAAGACUUCUCCCUUGAUUGAUUGGAGUUACGAGACCCAACUGGGCAUGAAGCAAGUUCACAUCAAGUCAGCUGUGCGGGCCUUUACCAAGCAAGUGGCCCAAAAGUGCCGGGAUCUGAAUCAACCGCCACCUGACUGGACCAGCCACGAGUGGUCCAAGGGUUCCAAGGCGCCCGUGGGAUGUGCUUGCCCCUUAGAUGCGGCGAUUGGAACGCCCAACGAGAGUUUGGAGGGAUACCGAAACAAAUGUGAGUUCAGUAUUGGUUUUGAUUCCUCGGGUCAAGUCGAGUGCGGCAUGGUGCUGCGCAUCACAGACGAUGGCUUCGGGCGUGUCGUGGCCAGCUGCGACGAGGUGCCGUUCGUGCCUCAGGAGAUGAAGCGGCUUUGCAAGGCCCUGCGUGACUGUGCCAGAUCCUCUAAAUUUCCUGUCUUCGAGCGAGGCAGGGGUUGGCAGCGCGGCUUCUGGCGCUUGGUGAUGGCGCGCUUCUCGGGCACCGAACUGCUGGUGAUGGUGCAAACCGCCACGGUGAGUGGCGAGGAGAAGGAAGAGUUGGUCUCGGAGAUCAAGGCUGCGCUCACACAGGACCAGGUCUCGCUCCCUGUGGUCUCCGUUUACCUGCAAUUCAACGACGAGGUGUCCGAUGCUGCACGACCCGGUGCGGUGUUGGAGCUGAUUUACGGGCAGCCGCAACUGAGGAUGCAACUCCUUGGGCUGUCCUUCGACAUUGGCCCACUCUCCUUUUAUCAGGCGAACAGCGCCACCUGUGCCCUGCUCUAUGGUCGAGCACUGGAGUGGCUUCAACCCGAAGAGGAGGUCACUGUUCUGGACGUCUGCUGCGGUGUGGGCACCAUUGGCCUCUGCGCCAGUCGACGCUGCAGGAAGGUCAUCGGCAUCGAGCUGGUGCCCGAGGCGGUGGAAUCGGCCAAGGCAAAUGCUGCCUUGAACCAAAUCGAGAAUACGGAAUGGAUGGUGGGCAAAGCUGAGGAUAUCUUGCCAAAGCUGUUGCAAGAGCUCGACCCCAAUAUGCGGACCUCAGCGGUCGUUGACCCACCUCGACCUGGGCUCCAUAGCACCGUGCUGCGAGCGUUGAGGAGCUGUAGUCAACUGUCCCGGAUCGUUUAUGUGAGUUGCAAUCCUGACUCCCUGGUAGAGGAUGUGAUCAAGCUUACCAUGCCCAGUGAAAACGAUGAGGAUCCCUUCAUCCCGGUGCGAGCGGUAGCAGUGGACAUGUUUCCUCACACCUUGCACUGUGAGAUGAUCCUCCUCUUGGAACGCAGCUCAAAGGUCAAGGAUCCAAGAAAGCACAUAGCGCCAGCUGAAGGUGCGUCGGGUAAUGAAGAGACUUGUGAAGCCUAACCGCUUUUGUACAGUGGAUCCUUGAAUGACCAGGAGAAAAAGCCUCGAGCUUACCAACACUGCAAGUACUUCCUCAGCUUACCUCAGC